UGUCAUUUCUUCCCUCAUUCCCUCAUCCCUUAUUUUCUUGUCUUUUGUGGUUUUGCUGUUUUUGUUGUUGUUGUUGUCAUAACAUCGCAGAUCCGUAGCAGGCCAUGUAAAAUUAAGGGGCACAAUACAGAAACAUUAAGAGAACAUUUUUUUUUUUGGGGGGGGGGGCACAGCCACGCCCCUACUGGGUAUCCCCUUAUCAUUUUUCGCUACUUAUAUUUUUUCUCGUCUUUGCUUAUUGGUGUAGUCAUCAUCAUUUUGAUUACUAUUUUAUCUUGACGAUGGUUUUGUUUCCAUUAUUUCCACACUUUUAUUUCAACAUCAUCGUCAUACGCCAUGCAUCCCUCACUCGCCUUUCCCGCACUUUCAUCUCUCAGAUUGCGUCAAGGUCUGCCUUCUCUUUGAUCCAGACUGCAUCCCGUGUCCUCCAACAACAGAGCAGCCAUCGACUGCGGCACCUCCAUCUCCUGCAACCCCAUCAACUGCCGCAACUACAGCUAUUCCACCAAAACCUACCACACAGUCUACCACAGCACCACCGUCACCGACAACCCAGCCCAUUGCAUCGAGUACUGGGCCAACAGGUAUCCCCACCCACCUCGUCCUUCGUAAUCAUGCAUCCACUCGUACAUCUUCUUGUCCUUGAUAGCAUGAUUAGAAAGAUAGAAAAAGUCUUAGAAAUAGUCUUGAAUGCAACCGUUGUAGACCCUCGUUAACUCGAGCUUUGAGAACCUCUUAAACUCGAACUUUGAGAACAUCAAUUUGAGAGCCAAGUUGAACUUUAAGAACCUUGUUUACUCGAACUUUAAAGGCAGACGAAAAUCGGCGAUUGAAGUCAUAAAUACGAUUUUUUUUAUUAGAUGAUUCAACGUAACGCUUGCGUUAGAUCUUUUGAAAGUACGACAUGCGUCAUUUGCUUUUCCUCAAAGACACUUCCUCAUCAUCUCUCGAAGAGUUUCUCUCUCGCUUUAUGAAUUAAUUCAUCGAAUACUCUCAUUUUCAAUCCAUACCCUCUAUCAAUGCACAUUUAAUGAUCUCAUGGCAAAUUUCUGUCUUGUAAUAUUGUUUUAUGUGAUGUUUGUACGCUGUUCUUUAAUAAAAUGUUACGUUGGUACAUAAUUUCAGGCCAAAUUCUAUUGUUCUCAAAGCACUUCCUUUUUAAAUUUUGUAAGAGAUUUUUUUAAGAAGAGUGUGAGAG